AUGAAGUUCACUAGCUCCGUCCUCGUCUCCAUGCUCUCCAUGGCCCUCAUGGUGGCCGGUUCCCCCACUCCUGACAACGCCAUUGACGACGGUGCUGCUGAUAUCAUUGACGUUCCCGAGUCUCGUGAUAUCACUAAAGCUAUCCGAGUUGACCUCGAGGCCCGUGGUCAGGGCUGCCCCUUUGGUAACCAAUGCAACCUCCAUAACGUUCACCGUACCUGCAACGGCAAGCUUCAGUACCCCUACAAGGGCAAGUGCGGAGGCUUUGCCAACCUGUGA